UAGCGCAACAAAAGAAGACGGCAAUGAGUUCAACAAACACACUGGUGUAAUGUAGAUAUUUGCAGGAUAUUUCAAAGUUCUCCCGCAUGAAUAACAUUAAGGUUUCUGCUUUCUGCUCACCUGUGGUCUCUUCAGUUAGCAAUGGCGGUGGAACAGUUUGUGUCAAAAACACUUGAGCUUCUACAGGAGGAAAGGGAGGCUGAAAUAGAGGAGAACAGGAUAUGGCAGGAGAACACCUCUCUGAAGGAUCUUCAGAGUAAAGGGGUUUGCCUGCUGAAAUUGCAGAUAAGCAGUCAGUCCACAGGUCUGUACGGUCGCACAGUUGUCAUCUUCGAGCCACGGAAACAUUUGGGUUUUACAUCUCUGCCAAGCAACAGCUUUGGACCUGGUGACAUAGUGGGCUUGUAUGACACUGGUGGAUGCACCGCAGCCUCACAGAUUGGCACAGGGAUAGUGACAAGGGUCAGCCAAACUGCGAUAAGUGUGGCCUUUGAUGAUUCUAACGAUGGCCUCAGCUUCGAUACAGAUGGUCUUCACAACCUCUUAAAAUUGGCAAAUGAUGUUACCUACAAACGAAUGAAAAAUGCCUUGAAUACAUUAAAUGGAUACAGAAAUGGACCAGCGGCCAAUCUGAUAGACGUUCUCUUUGGAGACUCAACACCUUCUUCACAAACACAGCCAAACGAGUUUAAAUUCUUUAACUCCAACCUGGAUGAUUCCCAGAGAGAAGCUGUGUCCUUUACUCUGUCUCAGAGAGAAUUAGCUGUGAUUCAUGGACCACCAGGCACUGGGAAAACCACCACUGUGGUCGAGAUCAUCCUGCAAGCAGUCAAACAAGGCCAAAAGGUCUUGUGCUGUGCUCCAUCCAACGUGGCGGUGGAUAAUUUAGUAGAGAGGUUAGCCCAAUGCAAGGCUAAAGUCCUGAGGCUGGGUCACCCUGCCAGACUGCUGGAGUCCAUACAGAAACACUCACUGGACGCCAUCCUCGCUCAGAGUGACAGUGCAGGCAUCAUUGCAGACAUCCGUAAAGACAUGGACAAAGCAUUUGUGGGAAUAAAGAAGAUGCGUGAAAGAGGAGACCGGGUGAACUACAAAAGGGAAAUAGGGGAGCUAAGAAAAGAGCUGAGGACCAGGGAGGCAACAGCCAUCGCCCAGAUCCUCAAAAGUGCUGAUGUUGUGUUAUCAACCAACACAGGUGCUUGUCACACUGGUCCGCUGAAGUACCUGCCAGCGGAGCACUUUGAUUGGGUGGUGAUAGACGAGUGCGCUCAGGCGCUGGAGAGCAGCUGCUGGAUCGCCCUGCUCCGAGCGCGCAAGUGCAUCCUGGCUGGAGACUACAAGCAGCUUCCACCGACCAUCAAAUCACAAAAGGCUGCAUCAAAAGGCCUGUCCCUCAGCCUCAUGGAGAGACUCAUCCAGAUGUACGGGGACUCGGUGGUCCGCAUGCUAACAGUCCAGUACCGCAUGAACAGUGCCAUCAUGGACUGGGCCUCCAAAGAGAUGUACCAGGGACGACUUACCGCUCACAGCUCUGUGGAGAAACACCUGUUAAAAGAUCUACCUGGAGUCGCCUGUGUUGAAGAGACCAGCACGCCGCUCCUUCUUAUCGACACAGCAGGCUGCGGUCUGAGCGAAAUGGAGGUCACUGAGGAGCAGUCCAAAGGCAAUCAAGGUGAGGUCGACAUCGUUGAACUGCACAUAAAGGCCUUGACUGAAGCUGGGGUUAAAGCUAAAGACAUCGCUGUUAUCGCUCCGUACAAUCUACAGGUGGAUCUUCUGCGUCAGAAGCUUUCUGCGAGGCAUCCUGAGCUGGAGAUAAAGUCAGUGGAUGGAUUUCAGGGCAGAGAGAAGGAGGCCGUGGUGUUGUCCUUAGUUCGGUCCAACAGAAAAGGGGCAGUUGGAUUUCUGUCAGAGGACCGACGGAUUAACGUGGCUGUAACGCGUGCGAGGCGUCACAUCGCUGUUGUGUGCGACACGCAGACCGUCCAGAAUCACGCUUUCCUGAAGUCCCUGAUCGAUCACAUGACUCAACAUGGCGAGGUCAGAACAGCAUUUGAGUACAUCCAAGACAUCGUGCCACAAAACUACACCCGUGACCCCAAAGACACAAAGUCUUCCAGCAGCUCCACGUCCACCAAACAGAAGGUCAAAGAUCAGCCUCCCAGCAGGACGAAGCCACCGCAGAAGAAUUCAACCGGAAGCAGCGCUAAUGAAAAUACUGCAGGGAAAGAGAAGCACACAAAGUCCAGCUUAACAUCCCUGACAGAGGAAGAGCAGAAGAAGAAGAACAGAACUGCUGAGAUCACGGCGCAGGUGGAGAGCUUUCUGAAGGACUCAAAUCAGAGUGAACUACAGUUCCCAUCAUCCUUUAACUCUCAUGACCGCCUGCUGGUUCACCAGAUCGCUGAGGAGAUGGGCCUCGUGCAUGAGAGUAAAGGGGAGGGGAAGGACAGGUGCAUCACUGUCGCCAGACCCCUGGAGUCAACACCCGCUGAGGAGCCACCACAGGAAGAAGAAGAAGAAAAAGAGAAGGAAGAAGAAGAAGUCCAGAAUCCCCAGAAAGAGCAGCUGUCUCAAACUGCAUUAGACUUAAAAAGUUUACAUUUGGAGCGAAUGAAGAGGGAGCAGCAGAAGAGGGAAGAUAACGCUCAACAAAAAAAGCAACAAAACGUCACCCUGCCAGCUCAGGCCCAGGCAUCGAAGAAACCAAAGGCUGCUAAAGUAAAGAGUAAAACGAAGACAGGCGCCUGCGGCAUCGCUGCUGCCGCCGCUCCAGAUGAAGACUUCGACACACUCAUCAACGCCGUCAUAAAGGCUGAACGUGUGUGCAGUUUCCUGAAGUGCAAAGCUUCUGUGCUGAUGCUCGGACAGCUUUGCCUGUUCUGCAACAGGCAGUACUGUCUCAGUCAUCAUAUACCAGAGGUUCACGGCUGCGGAGAUAAAGCCAAGUCUAAUGCUCGGAUGAGAAUAAGCAAGGAGGGCGUUCUUUACGCCGGGAGUGGGAAGAAGGAUAAAACCAUGGACCCCAACAAGAAAGCCUAUCUGCAGAGGAAACUGGAUUCUAAACUGAAAGAUAUGUCAACACAGAGGAAGCCAAAACCAAAAGAAAAUGAAAGUUAAUAACAUCAAAUCAACUCUACAUAUUUAUAUGACCUGAGACUGUCUUCUGAAUAACAUAAAACAAUUAAAAUGUUUGAAAGU